CCGUAUAACGAGGCUUGUACGCUAGGGCCUCAACUGGGGCUGAAUGGGGGAGCUCAUUCAGCGUCAGUGCCCACGUCUGCUGUCUGGUCAGGUUGCUCCAGUAGAGAGUGAUGUUCCUCGCAUGAGGAUGCUAUCUAAUCGUGAGUCAGCUCGAAGAUCCCGGAGAAGAAAACAACUUCACUUAACUGAAUUGGAAAUGCAGGUCGCUCAGCUCCGCGUUGAAAACACAAGCCUCGCAAAGAGGCUGACCGACAUUGGCCAGAAGUUCAGCGAAGCGGCUGUUGACAACCGAGUGCUGAAGGCUGACGUGGAGGCGCUCAGUGCAAAGGUCCGCAUCGCGCUGCACAUGGCUGGCCUGCAGGAUGUGUACAGCACAGAGCUGUGUAAACCAAGGAUCAAGGUGUCAGAGGAGAUGGUUGCAAGGGCAGCGGCUGCCAUCAUCGGAAAUGUUCACGAGUACAUUCCGGAAUACCAACCAUAUGUUAGCUGUCAUAUUCCAGACAUGUACCAUAUGAUAACUGGUCGUGGUUUCGGAGCGGACGGGAUGAUGCCGUUCUACGAAACUCCAUGCUCUCAAAUCUCCAUGCAGGUUCCGUCACUUGGAUCGAAAAUGGAGCGUCCACCAUCGUUGCAACGGAUCUCCAGCUUAGAGCAUCUACACAAACGGGUCCGCGCGGGCACUGGAUGCGGAACCGCUAACCCCUGGAUAGGAAAUGGCUGGGACAUCGAUGGUACCUCGUCGUUAGUCGACCACGAAGUUGUCAGUGGUGAGAGCUGAAGACCGGGAAAUGAUUGCUGAAAGAGAGGGGGGUCAUAUUUGAAAGCCUUAGGGAGGUCAUCUUCAAUAGAUGGGGGCAAAUAACUGAUCCUGCAGUCAUGGGGCAGAUUGCAACUAUUGAUUGUACGAUUCCAUUGGCACGUGACAUCAGUUAUGGGCGAAUGCUUGUUGAGCGAAGGCCGCAGAGAAGAAAAGCCGUCGUCCUGGUUCCCUUGCGCUGUAACAAUGCCCAGUUGAUGAGGAAGCGUGCGCGAUGACCACCAAGCGCAAUAAGUACUUAUGGGGGUGUAUGGGGGUAUGAAUCGAGUAAUGAAGGCAAGGUAGGUCGACCCUGUUGGGCACCCAGCUGCACAUAUUUACAAAGGUACCGGGGUCCUUUGGUCACUAAGAUUCGGCGAUCAUCGGGGGGGUUUGUAAAGCACCCCUUGUAGAAGAGGCUGAAGGUGUAUAAUGCAGGGUAAAGCAGGAUUCAUACAUCUGUGCACAUGACAUGAAAGUUGUUGGUCCUUUUCGGACAGGAGGGUGAGAGAGGCAGCCACAGAUGCAUCCAAUACCAGCAAAUGGUGCAGCAUCUGUGUUCCUUUGGCCGUUGGAUGCGACCAUUCUAACUCAUUUAACUCAUGUGCAAAGUGCCUCUUGAGAAGACUACUCGCCAGCAACGCGUGAAGUGGGCAGAUUGAUCUAUGCACUAUGUGCUUCUAUCAACUGGGCACCUGCAAGCAACAUGUGUGUGUGUGUGUGUGUGUGUGUGUGUGUGUGUGUGUGUGUGUGUGCUGGGGGGCGGUAGGGGGAGGGGUGUGAGUAUAACAGAGAGAGAGGGAGAGAGAGGAGGGUGGGGGCUAGAGAAGAGGUGGUGUGAUAGGGGGUCUCCCAUUCAUAUGUGUUGCCGAGAAGUAAAGCAGGGCGGGGGGAGGGUGGAGGUUGUCAAGAAGAGAUAAAAGGAGUUGAAGGCCUAUGGCGACUCUCAGACUUAGUGUCUAUGGCGCCUUUGUGUUUUUGGUUCUUUCAUGGGGAGGAUGGUUAUUUGCGCCGAAGGCGAGCUACGGUAUGUCUGGGAUAUUGCUUUCACUGCCACGUUGCAAUGUUCCGGUGCGAGUUCCGCAAGUGAAGGCUUGCCUGCACGGAGUUCACGCGGAGCGGCCAUCCUUGGUCCUGGUUGGGCAUGUGCCUUUCUUAGCCAUCCAUGUGCCGAUCUUAGGCAUGCUUGGGCAUGCUUGUGCCUACUUUUGUCAUGGCAGUCCUUGUGCCAUUAAUUGGCCAUUCUGGGCCGAUGUUUGGCCAUUCUUAGCCAUUUUUCGACAAGAAUGGCCAAGAAUAUCCCAUUACUUACCCAUUUCUGGCCUAUGCUUGGCCAAGAAUGCCCAAGAAUGCACCAUUACUAGACCAUUCUUGGGAAUUCUUGUGCGUUUUUUUUGGCAGGGCGGGCCGUGAUGCUCUUGGUCAUGAUUGCGCCAUGAUUUGGCCAUUCUUGGCUAUUCUUGGCCAAGAUUGGCCAAGAAGGGACAAAAAAGGGCCAAGGUGGGCCAAGAUAGGCCAAGAUGGACCAAAAGAAGGACCAGAAGAACGGCCAAGAAGAGCCUAGAAAGACCAAGAAGGACCAAAAGAAGGGCAAUAGUCUGGGACUUCAUGAGGUGCGUCUUGCAAGAGGGGCCAAGAAGGGCCAAGAGGCGCCAAAAGAAAGGUGAUAAUCUGGGACUUCGUUUGGUGCAUCUUGCAAGAAGGGCCAAGAAGGCUCAAGGAGGGCCAAAAAAAUGGCCGAGAAGGGCCAAGAAUGUGCCAUUACUUGGCCAUUUUGGGCUAUGCUUGGCCAGGAAUGGGCAAGAAUGCGCUAUUACUUGGUCAUGCUUCUAUGAUAUGUCUGUCAUUCUCGGUUGGACAUUGUGGGCUAUAUGUAUGUGUGCCACUCCUCUCUGCCAUACUGUACUGCUAUGCUUUACACU